AAUUUCUUCUGUGGAGGAGAUAGACCGCCACAUCCAGGAUACCCCUGACUCAAUUGUUGUGUUGGAAGUGUGAGGUCAGAACGCAUCCACACAGGGCAGGAUUACAAGCGGCUUCCCUCGGAGCUGAGGCAGUGUGCCCUCUGGUAGCAGCUGUUGCUGACGGCUGGUCGUCUUCUGCCAAGAUUCGGGUGUAUGAACACUUACAGUAUCCUGCGCAUAUUUGAUGAGCAGGUGUUGAAGCUGCAGAUUUCAAGGAGGAAUCGAGACUCCUCAGACCAGACAAUGUUCUUCCAGUCUUCCACUGUCCAAUUUUGAUACAAAGGAUUGCUCAGAACUUGAAACACCAGUCCAAAGAUCAAGAAGGAUUGCUUAUGAAUAGUAUAUAUCCAUGUCUUGAUAGCAACGAGGAGGCUUCCAUAACCUCUUGACAGGAAACCAUGUGCCAAGCUCACCAUUUUACUUUCAUGGUUGAGUAUCUAUAAAUUUUAUAAACAUUUUUCAAAAACGGAUAUUAAAAAUGACAAGUCUGUUCCGUAGGAGCAACAGCAAUGGGAGCUCAAGAGGAAACUCUUCUACUCAGGAACUUAACAACAGCCGUCCUGUCCGCAGGUUGGAAUUUAACCAGGCUAUGGAGGAUUUUAAGACAAUGUUUCCUAACAUGGAAUAUGACAUCAUUGAGUGUGUAUUGAGGGCCAACAAUGGAGCAGUGGAUGCCACUAUUGACCAGCUGCUACAGAUGAAUCUAGAUGAUGGUGGAUUUGAUGACAGUUCGGACUCGGAUGACAGCAUUCCUCCAGAGAUACUGGAAAGGACCCUAGAACCAGACAGCUCUGACGAGGAACCUCCUCCUGUGUAUUCCCCUCCUACCUAUGAUGUGCAUUUGCCUGAUAGACCUCACUCACAAACCCCACCUACUCCUCCUCCUCGGACUGACAUGUUGCCAGCCAGUGGCUCUCAGGUACCUAAACUGUGCAGGAACUGGAAUCCCCCUCUACUGGGAAGCUUGCCUGACGAUUUCCUCCGCAUAUUACCCCAGCAGAUGGACAGUGUUCAGAGCUGUCAACAUGGACCUUCUUCAAAACACCAAGAAGACUCCAAAAAAGAGCAUGGCUCCAUGGACCAGGAGCGAAAGCUAAAGCAGUAUUUGCAAGAUGAGAGGAUUGCACUUUUCUUACAAAAUGAAGAGUUCAUGAGAGAACUUCAGAGAAAUAGGGAAUUUCUCCUUGCACUUGAAAGAGAUCGUUUGAAAUACGAGUCAAAGAAAUCUAAGUCUAGCGAUAUGCCAGCGAAUAAUGAUUUCAGUUCUUGCCCUUCAAUAUCAACAGGUGAAUCUCAUUCUGUUUCUGGUGGCUGCGAUUCUAAUAGUGCUAUAUCUGAAGAUGCCUUAUUUAGGGAUAAAUUGAAACACAUGGGCAAAUCAACCAGAAAGAAGUUGUUGGAGAUUGCAAGAGGAUUUUCAGAGAAAACAAAGAUGAGAAAAUCCCGGAGAAAACAUUUACUUAAACACCAAGUUCUUGGAACAGCAGCCUCCACAGCCAACCUUUUGGAUGAUGUUGAAGGACACUCAUGUGAUGAAGAAGUCCAGGCAAGACUAAGACAACUGAACCAUGAAGGACUGGAAACCCACAAAGAAAGACAAUCAAAAUCAUAAAAUGUGGUUGGCUGAUAAGAAGACUAUGAAAAGUUAUAUAUUUGGCUAUCUAUUGCAGUGCAGUCCAUUCCUUGUAGAAGAUUAUAUAUAUAUGGCACAAUUUUUUAAUCACAUGAUUACUAUUUGAUGACAGCAGUCAAAUCUCAGAGACUCUUUAUUAACCAUGCGGCUUUAAAGUUAGAUGUGUGUGUUUUAAAAUGGUACUUAUUACAUAGAACUUUAUUUUUGAUUUUUCUCCUAAGGAUUAACAUAUUCUGUUACUGAAGAUUACGUUUAAAAGCACAAACAAGUAUUUAAAAUCAAUGAAUUCUUAAAAGCAUUUGCUUAUAAUAUUUUGUGUGCAAUAAAACUGCCCUAAUGAAACCAUUGUUGAGUAAUCUAGAUCACACAAUGUACAUUGGUUGUGUGAACUGUGAAGUCUACCCAAUAAAACUAUCUAUUAACCAACUUAAACCACAUUCUCUAGGCUUCCAGAAAGCUAAAAUGCAUUAAAACUUUUCUAUGUCUGGUUUAUUUUAAAUGGAAUUAAAAGUAGCAAGCAACAUAGUAACUGAAAUGAUGUUAUGUACCAGUUAAUAUUUUUUUUUUAUUUUUUACUUUUGGUAAAAUAAUCCUUUUAAAAAUGGCCCAUAUAGGCAGUUACUGUAACUUUAAAAUUUAGUCUUAUGUGGCAGUUGAUCUAGUCAUUAAAGUAAAAGCUAAUGAGUCUUUAAAUAGAGCUUAGCAUUGAAUCUAAAUUUGUAGGUGAGAGUUAAAGUAUUUUUUGCAUAUUCAUGAUCUGCGUUUAAAAAUAUUUUUCAACUGCAAAUAUUACUUUUUAGAAAAACCUUUUCUAGCCUGAAUAUGAAAAUGCUGCUGAUAAAUCACCGCUUUUCAUGAACCUCCUUAAAUUGAUUAAUCUAAAAGACAUGGCACCAAUCAUACAUCACAGGUAUAGUCAUCUAUGCAUUUGCACAAAAUAUAAAGGAUGUAAUGACAAACAUAUAUAGUGUUGAACAUGCAGCAUAAUAAGUUGCAAAAAAAAGUAAUGGUAAAGAAAACUCUUUGGAAAAGUUUGUACCUACGACAGGAACUAUAAUAGUGUUUAUAUUAGUUUUGGUGGUUAGGCUAGUCAUGGUCCCCAAUAGCAUACCUAUGUUACGGAAAAAAAAUUAAACUAAGAGGUUUUUGACAUUUUUCAUAUAGGCAGUAAGACACCCUGCUGUCUUUUUUUUCUUCCCAGCAGGACCCCAGUGAGGAGAGCAUAGGUUCCAUUGGGACCCCUGCCCUAGUAAUCAGUAGGGUCCCAUCAAGCUUACGUUUAUCACUGUUUUGUGGAUAAGUGGUAAUUGUUGGAUAUGGGAACACCUAUAGGUGUCUGUUAGAUGUAGGUCACCAGAAAUUUUCCCAGCCUGCAUAUUUGAGUCUUAUUUACUUCUAUCUUUAGGUUCAUCUAAAACUUAAUUUAUACCCAUGCUUGCUUAGUAGGCAGGAUCUUACUGUUGUGAUGUAGGAGAUAUGCUAUCUUCCAGCCAUCACGGCUAUACAAUUUGCUUCUCCUCCCUCCUUCUCUCAUCACUAGAGGUUUCUAAAUAUUUACAGAGAAUCUAUAGAAGGGAAAUGGGAAUACAGGCUCAUGGAAGGUGAGGAAAAAGACACUUACAUUUCAUGUAUUGACUUGUAAAUACUGAUUUAUACAAAAUAAUUUACAAUGAUAGGUACGCUGUAAGAUACUUAACGUUUUCUAAGAUACAUUAUAAAGACUUCCAUAGAAGUGAUGUCUUUGCCUUGCAAUUUGUUGGGCCAUUUUUACAGUAUUAUACUACUGUUUGGAAGAUCUUCUAAACGUUUAAUGUAUGUGGGCCUAUUUAUUUAUGAGUUACACAUGCAUUAAUAUACAAAAAAUCCAUAAUUCGAAAAUAAAUUCCAUAUCCAGUGGUUUUUUUUUAUCUUGAUCAAGCUUAAAUAUGCAUUAAUUUAACUUUUAAAAUCAACCUGUCAGCAGUAAAACAGGGCUAAAUGUAAGACUACGUAUGGAUUCUCAUUAGGGUUCUGAGCAUACUAUUUAUUUUUAUUUUUUGUCAAAUAGUGCUUUCCUGUGCCAAGAUGUCAGGGUUUUUUGUUAAUGUGUAAAUAAGGCUCAAACGUCCAGGAGGCAUUCUCAGCACAGCAAGAGCCCAGAGUUAGCUAGCUCCUUUCCACUUAUUUAAACCUCUAUGCCUACUGUCAAUCAAAUGGGGGUAGGUAUGGGCAAGGAGGCGGUGAAUAAGAAGAGAUGGGCAGCUACUAUGCUGGGGAUUGCCCCCUGGAUACCGGAGCCUCAUUUACAUAAAACAAAACAGCUUAUACAGUAAAAUGAGACCACCUGAAAUCUCUUUGAAAGUCUUCUCAAAGAAAAUGGUCACUAUUCAUCAUUUAUGGUGAGACUGAGAUCCAUCAGUCAAUUUCUGGUCUGAUUAAGGUGGUGGUCUUCUCAAACAGGAAGUCUUUUAAAUUGGUUUUACAGUGCAAAAAAGGACUCUGGGGAUACAAAUAAAAGGCAUGCCUGGAAUUCUGAACAGAAGCCCCAUCUUGCCAGGCUGAUUUUAAUAGAUAUUGGUAAAUUAUUUAAAAUGUAACUCUGAUGUUGGUCUGGCAGCAGCAUACCUGUUCAAAUGUCUUGGUCACUUCGUAGCUCGAGACAAUUCGACUGCUAAAGCAAUCAGGAUACAGAUUAGCCGGAAGUCCCAUGCAAGUCUAAGGGACUUUCAUCAAAUCCGGAUCUUGAUCGCUUUAGUCUCGGAGAAGUCUGUUAGGGCUAUCAGGUUACUGGGUGUUAAACAGUUAUCCUGCUGCUGGACCAACAUCGGAGAUACACUUUAAUACAGUCAGAGUAUAACUUUUCUUGGAAGUUCUUAGUAUCCUUUCUAUUAAAAGUCAAAUCUCAGGCUUAAAAUACUGUAAUUUAUCAAGGGAAAGAUCAAAAGCCUCUUCAUUUACAUUCUGUCUCUGUACAAAAGUGUGUAAAUUUCCUUUAAAAAAAAAAAAAAAUCACAUGAGAUCCUGUAAAGCUCAUUAGUACUAUUCUUACAAGUUAAUAAUGGGAAAGUGCCAUAGUAGUUGGUGUAUGGAUUUCAUGCUUUGGUUCUAAUAUCGUGACACCCAUAUCUUCAAGUAUGACUUCAACUGUUGCAAUUUUCAAUAUUGUGUUAAAAUACCGGGCUACACAAAUGUUGUGUUAAUGUACAAAACAUACUUUAAUAAAAUCAAUAUUUAUAUUACUGA